AUGGAGGGAGAUUCCCAGUUGGAGCUCAGCAUGCUAGGCGGCAACUUGCCAUCUGAACUUGGCUUGUUGUACAACCCAUCUAAUUUUGAUGAGCAUCCCUUGACUAUGCUCAGUUUUACGACAGCCCCAGACAACAACUUGAGUGGGGAGUUGCCACCUCAGAUCGGUCUUUCAAGAAACUUGUAUGGUCUGCUUUUGCACAACAAUGCCUUCUCUGGAACAUUACCAGAAGAAACUUGGGAUCUUCGAUCUAUGCUUUACAUGGCACUGAGUGGGAACCAGUUUUCUGGUACUAUAGAUACAAAGAUUGGACAACUGUCAUCCAUGGCAAUGCUUUCACUGCAGAACAACAAUUUUGCAGGUCCACUGCCAUCGGAACCGGGACAUUUGACCCAAAUGGCACGUCUCAAUGCAGCUGGCAAUAGACUGAGUGGCAAGAUUCAUGUGGAGAUUGGUGGGUUGGCCAAUGGUUCAUCCCUGGUUUCCUUCAAUGUCUCCAACAAUCUUCUGUCCGGUAGGAUUCCAUCUGAUCUUUGCUGGUUGGAUGCAUUUGGUAGUUUGGGUUUUGACUGUACAAGCUUGCUCUGUGGGUGUUCCUGCAGUUGCAAUCAGUAA